AUGGCAGAUAUCGCGAUUGACACAGCUGUCCGGAGGGGAGAGUCACCCAUUGGGUCGACAACCAGUGUCGCCGCUGGCCACGCAACGGAACAACUCCAGGUGCAAGAGGCCAACGAGGAACCGGUCCAAUAUCCUACCGGGCCGCAGCUAUGGCUCAAUGCUGGUGCAAUGAUGUUGGUUUGUUUCUUGCACGGACUGGAUCUGACUAUUGUUGCUCCUACCGUACCGAGCCUGACGAAUGAGUUCAAGACCGUCGCUGAUAUAGGCUGGUACUCCGCCGUGUAUGGACUCGUCUUGAGUGCGACAAAUUUCUUCUUUGGAAAGAUGUACACCGUAUUCGAUCUCAAGAAGGUCUAUGUCGCUUCGGUGGCCACGUUUGAGCUGGGCUCGGUGAUGUGUACUUUUGCUCCCAGCUCGACUGUGUUCAUCCUAGGCCGUGCAGUAACUGGUAUCGGAGUCAUGACUUUCAUCUCUCGCUCGUUCCCAGUCGAAAAGAGGCCGAUGAUGAACGGCAUCAUGGGUUUUGCUCAAAGCUUUGGUUUGGUCAGUGCACCCGCCAUCGGAGGAGCUCUCAUCGAUGCAUUCAGCUGGCGAAUCUGCUAUGGUAUCAAUAUCCCGCUUGGUGUCAUCGCGAUCGUCGGUUCGCUAUUCUGGAUGAAGGACUUGUUUCCCAACCCAGACCUCCAGCUUCCUCUGCGUGAGAAGAUCAGGCGUCUGGAUCCGGUCGGCACCGUUCUCGUCCUGCCUUGUGUAGUAUGUCUGCUGCUCGCACUGAUCUGGGGAGGUACAAAGUUCGCCUGGAAUGACUGGCGAGUAAUCUUACUUUUUGUCCUGUUCACGGUCCUGAGUGUCUCAUUCGGGUAUGUCCAACAUCGUCAGCAGGAAAAGGCUAUACUGCCGCCACGUAUUAUGAAGAAUCGGACCGUGCUUGCAAGUGCCCUUUUCUGCUGUUGCACCAAUGGCAUUCUUGCAGUCACCGAGUACUACAUCGCCAUCUAUUUCCAGGGUGUUCAAGGGUACAGCGCCGCGAAGGCGGGUCUCUUGGGUCUCCCGAUGAUUGUUGGACUCGCCGUCACUUCUCUGUUGGCUUCUUUCAGCACAGGCUGGAUUGGGUACUAUACACCAUUUCUGUUCGCUACCAGCAUUUUCGCACCGAUCGCUUCCGGCCUGUUAACCACCUUGGAACUGAACGACAGUCCGGUCAAGGUUGCAGCACUGUUGGGCUUUCUGGGCGUUGCUGUCGGCUUUGGCAUCCAGCAACCUGUCACGGCGAUAAUGACCGUGCUAUCGCCAAAGGACAUCCCCAUGGCCAUGGGCGUGCUCGCGCUUGGUUCUGGGCUGGGAUCCUCUGCAUUCAUUGCGACCUCUGCGACUCUCUUCCAGACCAGACUGGUGGCCGAAAUUGCUAAUCACUCCCCUGGGACCAACACAACAAUUCUAGAGGAUCACGGCUUGUCCGACUUACGCAAGGUUUUGGGCCCGGAUCGCCUGCAGGACGUGCUUCUCGGUUACAACGGAGCCGUCAUCCAAACGCUGUAUCUCCCACUUGGGCUCGGGCUGCUCACCAUCGUCGGUUCAACAUUGACAGAAAUCAAAUCUGUUAAGAAAAAGGACUAG